UUUGAAUUCACUUGUGUAGACACCUGCUGCAUUUUACCUCCUGCAGUCUUGUCAGAAUCUCCGAUAAAUGGACUCGAACUCCGGCAGUACAGCAACAGAACAGAAAUUACCAUCAUGGGGAGCUUCUGUAAGAGCUCGGCUAGCACUUGGUUGUCAUGGAGGAGCCAAGAUGGCGGCGCAGGCCUAUGCGAUGGGCAGGCGGGAGAUUAAUCAACACUUCAACAUCAAGAACGCCAAGCUGCUCGCCAUCAGCUUCGUGCUGAUCUUAACUGCUGGCCACGGGAUCAACAGGAGCUAUGGAGGUGGUGAUAGUUGUGAAUGGCUUCUUUCUAGUGGCCGAUUCCUUGGUGAAAAUGUGUGGCAACCUAAUGGCUGCAUGAUGCACAAAUACAAAAUUAGUGAAGUAAAGAGCUGUCUUAUGAACAAAUACAUAACUUUUAUUGGAGAUUCCAGAAUUCGGCAGUUGUUCUACUCGUUUAUUAAAAUUAUAGAUUCUGCUGUCAAAGAAGAAGGAAACAAGCAUGAAAAUAUUUCCUUUGAAGAUGGAAGUAGUUCAUUGAAAGUUGAUUUCCUGUGGUACCCAGAGGUAAACAACUCCAUGAAGGACUGUUUUAAGGCCUGGACUAAGGGUACCCAACCGAAGCCACAUAUUGUUGUGGUGGGAGCUGCUACGUGGUCAAUUAAAAUUCAAAAUGGGAGCAUGGAAGCUCUCACACAGUAUAAAGUCAACCUUACUUCAAUAACACCCCUUCUGGAGAAGCUCGCUGAAACAAAUGACGUUUAUUGGAUUUUACAAGAGCCAGUAUAUGAAGAUUUGCUGAGUGAGAAUAGAAAAAUGAUUACUAAUCAGAGGAUUAGCUUAUACAACAAUGCAGCUUUGAGCAUUUUGAACAGCAGCACCAGAAAUACAGCAGCCAAAGUCAAGAUUCUCCAGGCUUCCAAAUUAGUUGCAGAAGAAACCAUAGUAGGAUCUUUGGAUGGCUUACAUUUACCCGAAGCUACAAGGGAUAUAAAUGCUAUGAUUCUUAUGAAUUCCUACUGCAACAGGAUUGUGAAGCCCAUUGAUGGUUCAUGCUGCCAUCCUCGGCCACCUCUUUCACUCAUUCAGAAAUUGACUGGCUGCUUUUUUAGCACUUGCAUAAUUGGUUGUAUAAUUGCAACUUACUUUUGUCAUAGUUGGCGAAGAAGUAAACCUAAUGCUGAUGUGGAGAGUGGAGAAGAGAAGAAACCUGCCACAGCUUCACUUUCUAGUCCUGAAAAACUAUUGUUUUGCCUUUCUAAAUUAGGCCUGAUUAUGGGCUAUUUCUAUCUCUGUGAUAGAGCUGAUUUAUUUAUGAAAGAACAGAAGUAUUACACACACUCAACAUUCUUCAUCCCACUGGUGUAUAUUAUUGUGCUGGGAGUUUUCUACAAUGAUAAUACAAAAGAGACCACUAUGUUAAACAGAGAACAGACAGAUGAAUGGAAGGGCUGGAUGCAGUUAAUAAUUCUGAUAUAUCAUAUAUCAGGAGCAAGUACUUUUUUACCUGUGUACAUGCAUGUUCGCGUUCUAGUGGCAGCUUACCUGUUCCAAACAGGUUAUGGACACUUUUCUUACUUUUGGAAAAGCGGGGAAUAUGGAAUCUCUCGAAUUUGUCAGAUAUUAUUUCGUCUGAACUUCUUAGUGGUGGUAUUGUGCCUAGUAAUGGAUCGACCAUAUCAGUUCUACUACUUUGUUCCAUUAGUAACUUUCUGGUUCAUGGUCAUCUAUGCCACUCUAGGGAUUUGGCCUCAGACUGGCAAAAAAGAUGAAAAUGGUUCCUGUUCCCCUUAUUGGGAAGUGGUGUUCAAAUUGCUUGGUUUGCUGUUGUGCAUAUGUCUACUUGCUGCCUCUCAGAGUUCUUUUGAGAAGGCUUUUUCACUAUGGCCAAUUUCAAAACUAUUUGAGUGGCAAGGAUUCCUUCAUGAGUGGUGGUUUCGAUGGAAGUUGGAUCGUUUUGCAGUUGUACAUGGUAUGUUCUUUGCUUUUCUUUAUGGUGUAUUAAAGAAGGGUCAUCUGCUUUCUGAAGGCAAAGGAGAGAUAUUGUUUGCGCCCAGAAUGUCGUCCUUCUUACUUUUUACAUCAGUGGUGGUGUUUUUGACCUACUCAAUAUGGUGUGCCAGCUGUAAAAGUAAAGCCGAGUGCAAUGAGUAUCAUCCUUACUUCUCUGUAUUGCAGAUCCUGUCCUUCGUUCUUAUUAGGAACAUUCCUGGUUAUGUUCGUUCUGUAUACAGUUCCUUUUUUGCAUGGUUUGGCAAGAUUUCCUUGGAACUCUUCAUAUGCCAAUAUCACAUCUGGCUUGCAGCAGAUACCAGAGGAAUCCUUGUUCUCAUUCCUGGCAGCCCAGUGCUCAAUAUUAUUGUCAGCACUUUCAUCUUUGUUCUAGUUGCUCAUGAAAUUUCUCAGAUCACAAAUGAUCUUGUACAAAUAACCAUUCCCAAAGAUAACUACGUUGCACUGAAAAGACUGUUGUGUGUAGGUAUUUUUUUAUUUGGGAUUCUUGCAUUGUCGUCUUUUGAACAAGUGAACAAAUAAUUGAAGUAAUAACUACUUUUGAUCUUCAUAUUUAAUGAAGUGACCUCAGUUUAUGGAGAAAAGAACAUAAUUAAGUGCAACACUGUGAAAUUCAACACAGCAUCAAGUCUGGAAAAAGUAGUUGCUGCAUUUGUACAUAGUGUCUAAAAUGUUUGGCUAAAUUAUGAUUAUUUGAAAGUGACUUUUAUAACAAUGGCAUGACUGACUACUGAAAAUGUGGCAUUUCUUGAAAUGCUAAUUCAUGUGUUGAGUAUUCCAAAGUUGGUAAAACAGCAUUUACUUCUGUGAUUUUUACUUCGUGUCUGCAUCAGGUUGUCAGUAUUUUCACCUUUUAAAAUGGCAAUUAUUCCAGUUUUAUGAAGGAAAUAUUUUAGUCAUCUGCUUAAAUCUGAUUGUAAAAUACCUACAUAUAAUAUUCUACACAAUUCAGUACACCCAUAUUUAUUAAAUAUAUAUUAACACUCUGAUGUUGAACACUUGAAAUGUGUUGGAAGGUGGAAACAAAGUGAAGUCAGUGUGUUAUUCAUUAUAAGUGCAACGAUGGAGAGGUUAAACAUGAAUAAAGCUUCAUGUUCCGGGGCCUGGUGAUUUUACGACUAAAUCUGGUAUUGUGUUGUUGUUAAAUCAUGAUGGGCUAAGAAUUAUACCUAUUGGUUAUAGCUUUUAAUCUUGUGGAAUGAAAGAUAGUUGUCUUGUUGGAAUUUGGUAUGAAAUGACUGAAACAGUGGUUUAAUUAAGGACACUUGUUUAGUGAUAAAGGGUAUUAAGCAACAAUUUGUAAAUUAAGAUAGUGUGAUUGAAUUGUCAAAUGUUAGUUUGUGAUCUCUUCAACUUGUAUGAUUAAUUAUAUUUUGAGAUUAUUGAGAAAUAUAAAGACCCAUGCCAACAAUGUGUUAAAAUUUGGUUUUUAGAUAAAAUUUUAAACAAGAUAAAUGCAUUUGCUAAAUUUAGAUUUUAGCAAGGAUAAGAAAGGAGGGGAUAGAAAGGAAAAUGCUGAAAACAGAUAUGAGUCUUUUGUGAUGACCUGGGUGCCAUAAGCCAUUAUUACCAGUGUCUUUCAAAUCAUGGUGAAGUUCUUUCAAAAAAUAUAUUUUUUUAACCUGGCUUGAUUCAAGCCCACAUUUACAGAUCCUGCGGUAUACUGUUUACUUUUAAAACUGUCUUCUGCACAUUGACGCUUUUGAAUCUCAUCAUUUCACUAUAGAUAAUUCUUUAUAUGUUAGAGGGACAGCACGUUGCAGGCCCUUCCAGCGUAAUGGGCCCGUGCCACCUAGUUACACCCAUGUGACUAAUUAAGCUACUCACCUGUGCAUGUUGGAACAUGGGAGGAAACUGGAGCCCCUGGAGGAAACUCUUGCGGUCAUGGGGAGAACAUACAAAUACCUUACAGAUAGCGACGGGAAUUGGACACUGUAAAGUGACGCUCUAACUGCACUGCCACCAUGUCAACCCUAAAUCUGACUUUGGAAACCUUACAUUAAACAAGGCGUGCUAAAACUCAAUUAGUCUUAAAGUUUGACUUUAACAAUUAGUUUUAACGGAUUUGGUAUUUAUAACCUUACAAGGCUUUACUAGUUCUAUUUUGAUCUGUUUUUGUUUAAGGAUAAUUGAAAAUGGGUAAGAUAAGAAUCUUCAAAUUUUGUAAACUCGAAUUCAUUGGAAUUAAAAGUUAAAGUUUUAAUUUUUUUUGUUCGGUGAAAUCUUAGGUCCCCUCCCUGCAGUUACUAAGUGAGUAAAGCCGUAGCUGGUCCAUCAGCAACAGCUGAGUAUAUAAGGCUGAUUUAGGCUAAAUGCUCCUACUUUGUCAAGAGCUAAAAAGUGUGCAUGUGAUAGUAUUCUGUGUAAGUGCUCUCUAUAGUUGAAUACUUUCCUGUCAUUAGUAUCAAAUGAUGCAUGGUAUUCUGGCUAGUAACUGCUUCAGCACUUAGAAUUUUUUUUGAAUAAGGUCAAACAGGUGUUGAAUUGGGAAGGGGGUGUAGAAAAGUUACGCCAAAUUUCUAGUAAUAUCUGUGCUUGGAAUUGCCACAAAUACUUUGCCUUUAUUUAUGUUAGUAAAUUGCUAUUUUUAUUAAUUGUUCUGAAAAUCAAAAACAUCAAAUGAGUAAAUUUUGCACUAAGACUCAGUUUAUGACAUUUUCCUAACUGCAUGUGCUUUCCAAAAUACGUGGCUUGUGGUGAUGUAUUUUUUUUUAUAUGAAGUAUUUGUUUUAUUAAAUUUAGUUUAAAAUGAUUUGGCUGAAGAAGUAACUGCAAUGAUUAGAUUUUUGCUUGCUAUUUAUAGCAAGCAGUUACAGAAAUCACUAUAAUAUCAAAAGCCUGAUACCAAAUGAAUCUCUUAUGGUUUUAAUUGCACUUGGGAGCACAGUUUCAGUAUCCCCAUUUACAUUUGGAGUUACGUUUUGGAAAUUGAACAUAUUUUGUAAUACUAAGUAUUUUUGAGAUUUUGCACUGAUUCCAAUCUCAAUGGGGUUAUAAAUGUUGAACUUUUUCUGAAAUAACUUAAAGCUAAUUAUUUGUUUUCAAAUAAAGCUUUGAGUUUUCAAUUAAAAAUCUUACAUUCUUGACAGAUUUCCAGGGUGGUAGGAAAUGUAAAAAAUUGUUAAAUUAUAUUUUAUAAUUCUUUAAUAUGAAUUGUUUAUAGUUUUGACACUUUCUAAAUUUGUUUGUGAUUAAAUAUUUUUGCCUUUUUCAAAUUGGAUUAGUGCUAUAGAGGUGAAAUAUCAUUCAAUGAUAUUUGCUCCCAAUGCUUCUAUAGAAGGAGAAUUUUCAUGCAUUAAUGACUGAAGACAGUUUUUUAUAUUUUUUUAUCUAAUUUUGCAGAAUACUUGAUUGGUUUUAUGAAGCAUAAAUUUAUUUUUGAUUUAAAGCAUACAUACUCUUCAAAGCAUCUUUCAUAGUAUGUUUAUCUUUUCUCAUAAAUGGACAGUACUGUAUGGGGUUUUAGUAAUUUGAUUUGCUCCAAAAGUUUGAAGUACGGAUCUUGCCCUAAAGGUGAAAACCUUUAAACCAAUUUCUGUAAGGCCAUUUGCUGGGGAGAAUUGGAAAAAGCCUAUAUGGUGUAUUGGUACUGAACAAUGUAAUCUGAUCAUUUAGAUCAGGCUAGACCAGGGGUUCCCAACCUUCUUUAUGCCAUGGACCCCUACCAUUAAUCUAAGAGUCUCUGGACCCCAGGUUGGGAACCCCUGGGCUAGAUCAAAUCCCAGCCCAAACUCUUCUGGAAAUCUGAUAAACAUAAAAACUAUCUGCUGGUUUAAUAAAGCAAAACAUUUUUCCUUGGGCUUUUUUAAGCAGCUCUUGUUUUAAGAGAUUUAAUACCUGUGGAGUAGAGUUUUUUUUAUUUAUCUGAAUUUCAUUGGAGAGUGGGGGAUCUUUAUUUUGUUUAGGUAAUUCAUUGUUGCAUCUCAGUUCUCUGUCAAGUGUAAUCCCGAACAUUUUUUUUCAAGUGUCUGCAUGCUCAUGCAAAUUUCUUAACUGGCAUAAUGUUGUAUUCUGUUUUUGGAUAGAUUUAUUAUAUAUAAACUGCUAAAAUUGUGCACAAUAAGUGUUUUGAUUUCAUGUACAAUGCCAAUAAAAAGAGCACUUCAUUAAGGCAAUUGUAUUAACUUUUUUAGAAAAACAAUAGUGUAGGUUUUUGACCAUGGUGACUAUGCAGAAAAAGUGGUUUGCAUAAAUUAAGUUUACAUUAUGAUUGAGUAGUGACUUUUAAGUUAUUGUGUAGUAAUAUAAGUCAUAAAAUAGAUUGUGAAGUUAAUAAGCCAAGAUACUGUUGUUCAGUGUUUCUAAUUGCGGAAAUUUUGAAAAAUAGAGAAUUGAGCGAGUUCAAUAUUGUAGUUGAGUUCAAAUAUUUUAAAAUAAGACUACCAUGAUCCAUCAUGAAUAAAGUAAUCAGACUAAUAGAAAUCUGUACAGGCUAUUUUUACCAUAGAAAAAUUAAAAGGGCUAUCAGUGCUAAGCAGUUAAAAUGAAAGCAAUGCUAUCUUCCAAUGACUGUCUGGAUUUAGACAACUGAGGUGGGAUAUGUGAUUGCUUCCAGUGACUGUCUGGAUUUAGACGGACUGAGGUGGGAUAUGUGAUUGCUUCCAGUGACUGUCUGGAUUUAGACGGACUGAGGUGGGAUAUGUGAUUGCUUCCAGUGACUGGAUUUAGACAGACUGAGGUGAGAUAUGUGAUUGCUGAGUACUGAGAUGUGGCGCUCAGUGCCACAUGCACUGAGUCCAUGUGGGGAAAGACUGCUUAGAUCCUUCUCUUACUGGAUAUGAGAGAAGCUGUUACCUUCCCCUUAUUCGUUUGGCCACACUGCGCUCUCCAGUCCAGAUAUUUCUGCACGGUGACGUUCAAUAGUGCAUGGAUUUUGUUACCAAAGAGAUCUCCAGGCUGGGAAGAAUUCAGCAACUCUCAUCAUAUCCAGCAGUUGGUGAUGAGUGAUCCUAGCAGCAUCUGUCAACACAUGGAGCAGGUGCAAUGCUGUUCCUGACCCAGCCAACACUGGCCUGUCCAUGGAAAUAUGGGUCGAUUCUUUGUUGGAUUUGCACCAAAGUUUACUACACAGUAGUGCAGCUUUCUGAAAGUAGUGCUGUAAUGAUCCCUUGUAGCACUAAUUCCAUUACAGAUCUUACAAAUUAGUGAAACUUUGGUAUUUUACUAACCAUUAUCAAGUAAUAAUAAAGAUCAAAUUUAAGCCUGGAGCAUGGCAAGGCUAUACAGGAUUCACAACAUAGAACAGUACAGCACAGGAGCAGUCCCUUUGGCGCAUGAUGUUAUGCCAAAAUAAUUAAACUUGUGAAACCUAAUUAAACUAAAUUCUUUUACUUGCAUGUGGUCUAUAUGCCUCUAUUUUCUGCAUAUUCAUAUGCCUAACUCACAUCUCUAAUGGAUCUGCUUCCCCCACCACCCCUGGCAGUGCAUUCCAGCCACUUUGUGGGGAAAUAGUCAGCCCCACACCUUUGAGCUUCCCACAUUUAACUUAAAUGCAUGCCCUCUAGUAUGAGACAUUUUAACACUGGGGAAAAUGGAUACUGGCUGACUGUCUAUGCCCCACAGAAUUUUAUAAAUCUGAAACGUCACCCCUUGGCCUCUGCCACUCCAGGUAACAACCCUAUUUGCCCAGCGUAUCUUUCUAGCACAUGCCCUCUAAACUCGCCAGCACCCUUGUAAACCUCUUCUGCAUCUUGUCCACAUGCUUCCUAUAAUGGAUAACCAGAACUGAAUGCAGUGCUUAAGAUGCAAUCUGACCAGGGUUUUAUAAAUUUACAACAUGACUUUCUGACUCUUCAACUCAGUGCCUCAACUAACAACAGCAAGCAUUCCAUACACUGCCAGUACCAUCCUGUUACUUUCAGGGAGCAAUGAACUUGGAUCCCAAGAUUCUUCUGUACAUCAUUGCUGUUAAUCAACCUGUCAUUAACUGUGUACUUUCCAUUUAUAUUUGAUCUCCCAAAAUGCAACACCUCACACUUGUCCAGAUUAAGACUCCAUCUGCUAUUUGCAUUGGCCAUAUUUGCAAAAUCUAGAUCCCGCUGUAUCAAUUGGCAACCUUUACAUUAUCCUUAACACCACCAAACUUUGUGACACCUGCAAGCUUACUAAUCCACCUAUCAUUCAAGUCAGUAUAUCACAGGGAGUUGUCCCUGUGGGAACUUCACUAGUCACAGACCUGUGGCCAGAAUAAGACUCACGGAUAAGCCUACCAUGAGGGAUCUUCCAUGUAGGCAUUUACUGCUCUUCCUACAAUCACCUUUAUCACCUCUGAAAAAUUCUGUCAAAAUAUGAACCUACCCCACUCAAAGCCAUGCUGACUGUCCCUAAAUAGGUAAUCUUUUUCUAAACUAAGUGCUAUUCCUAGGAAUCUUCUUCAUUAGUUUUCCUACCACUAAUGCAAGACUUAUUAGUAGCUAGAGAAGACACAAAAAUGUUAAUGAAGGCCCCAUCAAUCUCUUCUUCCCCCCUCUGUAAUUCGAGCUUUAGGAACUUAAUCACCUAAACAUUCUUCAAAAGACCUAAAACUGCCUUUUCCUCCAUCUUAAAAGCCCUAGCCUAUUAUGUUCCACACUGAUGGCACUAUCCUCCAAGUACUUUUCAGAAAAUACUGAUGCAAGGUACUCAAUUAGUAUCACACCCACAUCCUCCAUUUUCAAGCCCAUUCCCUCCUUUAUCCUUGAAUGGGCCUACCCUCUCCCUCGUUAAUCCUUUUGCUCUUGAUGCAUGUAUUGGAAAUUUAUCUAAUCCUACUUACUAAGGACUUUUCAUCCACUCCCCCCGCCCAGCCCACUCUGGCUUUCCUAAUUUCCUUGAGUUAUUUUCUAGCCUCUUUAUAUUCUUCAAGGGACCUGUUCAAUUUCAGCUGUCUAACCAUAUACUGUGGCAUGCAAAAGUUUGGACACCCCAGUCAAAGUUUCUGUUACUGUGAAUAGUUGAGUAGAAGAUGAACUGAUUCCAAAAGUUAAAGAUGAAACAUUCUUUUCAACAUUUAAGCAAGAUUAGUGUAUUAUUUUUGUUUUGUACAAUUUUAGAGUGAAAAAAAGGAAAGGAGCACCAUGCAAAACUUUGGGCACCCCAAGAGAUUUGAGUUCUCAGAUAACUUUUACCAAGGUCUCAGACCUUAAUUAGCUUGUUAGGGCUAUGGCUUGUUCACUGUCAUUGUUCGGAAUGGCCAGGUGAUGCAAAUUUCAAAGCUUUAUAAAUACCCUGACUCCUCAAACCUUGUCCCAACAAUCAGCAGCUAUGGGCUCCUCUAUGCAGCUGCCUAGCACUCUGAAAAUUGAAAUAAAUGAUGCCCACAAAGCAGGAUAAGGCUAUAAGAAGAUAGCAAAGCAUUUUCAGGUAGCUAUUUCCUCAGUUCAUAGUGUAAUUAAGAAAUGGCAGUUAACAGGAACGGUUGAGGUCUGGAAGCCCAAGAAAACUUUCCAAGAGAACUGCUCAUAGGAUUGCUAGAAAGGCAAAUCAAAACCCCCGUUUGACUGCAAAAGAUCUUCAGGAAGAUUUAACAGACUCGGAGUGGUGGUGCACUGCUCUACUGUGCAACAACGCCUGCACAAAUAUGACUUUCAUGGAAGAGUCAUCAGAAGAAAACCUUUCCUGCGUCCUCAACACAAAAUUCAGUGUCAGAAGUUUGCAAAGGAACAUCUAAACAAGCCUGAUACAUUUUGGAAACAAGUCCUGUGGACUGAUGAAGUUAAAAUAGAACUUCUUGGCCGCAAUGAGCAAAGGUAUGUUUGGAGAAAAAAGGGUGCAGAAUUUUAUGAACAGAACACCUCUCCAACUGUUAAGCACAGGGAUGGAUUGAUCAUACUUUGGGCUUGUGUUGCAGCCAGUGGCACGGGGAACAUUUCACUGGUAGAGGGAAGAAUGAAUUCAAUUAAAUACCAGCAAAUUCUGGAAGCAAACAUCACACCAUCUAUAAAAAAGCUGAAGAUGAAAAGAGGAUGGCUUCUACAACAGGAUAAUGAUCCUAAACACACCUUGAAUUCCACAAUGGACUACCUCAAGAGGUGCAAGCUGAAGGUUUUGCCAUGGCCCUCACAGUCCCCCGACCUAAACAUCAUCGAGAAUCUGUGGAUAGACCUCAAAAGAGCAGAGCAUGCAAGACGUCCCAAGAAUCUCACAGAACUGAAAGCCUUUUGCAAGGAAGAAUGGGUGAAAAUCCCCCAAACAAGAAUUGAAAGACUCUUAGCUGGCUGCAGAAAGCAUUUACAAGCUGUGAUACUUGCCAAAGGGGGUGUUACUAAGUACAUGCAGGGUGCCCAAACUUUUGCUUUGGGCCCUUUAACUUUUUUUAUAUUUUUAAACUGUAAAAGAUGGAAAUAAAAAAAGUAAUCUUGCUUAAAAUAUUAAAGAAAUGUGUCAUCUUUAACUUUAUGCCUUUUGGAAAUCAGGUCAUCUUUUACUCGCUUAGCUAUUCACAGUAACAGAAAUUCUGACCGGGGUGCCUAAACUUUUGCAUGCCACUGUAUGCUUCCUUUUCAUUCUGAAUUAACAUCACAACCUCUCUUGUCAUCCAAGAUUCCCUUAGUUUGAAUGCAUUUUUGUCUGCCUUUACUGGAACAUACCUCUCCUCUGCUGUGUACAGUUGGUCUGUGAGAUGUGGAUCUGCACAAAAGCAGAUGUUCCCAAUUAACUCUCCCUAGCUUCUGCCUAAUAUACUCAUAAAUUGCCCUCACCCAAUUUAAUAGGUCCAAGGUCCAUACUUGACUUUACUCAUAGUCAUUAAAAACACAAGGAAUUGUGAUCGUUGUUUCCUAUACUUUCUCCCAAUACAAGGUCUAGUAUGAUCCCUCAAACUAGAUAUACAAUCUAUGUGCUAUUCUGAGAAACUUUUGGAUGCAGCUAAUGAAUUACACCCCAUCUAACUCUCUUGCAAUAAGGAGAUCACAGUCCAAGUUGAGGAAGAUAAUACCACCCACUAAACCAACCCUCUUCUUGCUCUUUCCCCUAAUCUGCAUAUAAGUUUCUCAAUGUCUGCUGGUAUUGGGGGUGGGGGAGGAGGUGGGUUGUGGGACAAUGGUGGAUCAGUCAUAUAAUCACAACAGAAUAAUUGUAUCUUCGUUAUCUUUGAGUUUGACAUAUAUACUGUAGACCUACUGGUUGGGCUCUUACGUCCCUUCUGAGUUCAGUCAUGAUAUUGUCCGAUUAAUUGUGAAAUUCCCUCCUCUCCAUCUUUUACCUUCCCCGCUUAUCUCUUUGAAAGAAGUAAAAUCCUGGAAAAUUAAGCAACCAGUCCUGUCCCUCUCUCAGCCAAUGCUCCGUAAAGGCCACAACAACAUAGUAUCGUGCAUUGAUCCAUGCUCUUAAGUUAAUCUCUCUGCCUUACAAAUACUUGCAUUAAAAUACACACACUUCAAUCCUCCAUCCAUCUUGCUCCUGCCUGUUAUUACUUACUGACUUCGUCGACUUACGUUACUCCACUUUCUCACCAGGUGCUUUGUUUCCUAACUUCUUAUCAACUUCCAACUUUCCAUGAGUUCCCCCAUCAUUGUGUGUGUGUGUGUGUGUUGCUUGGAUUUCCAGCAUCUGCAGAUUUUCUCAUGUUUGUAAUUUUUUUUAUUUGUAUGAUUAAUUAACAUUGCUUUAUCAACAAAUACAUAAAUUCAUUGAGAAUAGAAAAGACAGUAAAAGUUUAUCACCUCUGUAUCAUGGUACUGGUCCAGAUGCAACAAUAGGACUGUUUUUGUUUUAAAUGUAUUAAUUUGUUUUGUCUGUAAAUUAACUUGGUAAUGUACAAAUUGUCAAACCACUGAAAACAUUAAGGCAUUUGGUUUAAAAAUGCAGCAAAUGGAUCAACUAUAAUUAUUGAAUUUGUCUUUACAAAUUAAGUUUCAAUUCAAGCUGUUUAGCAGACAAGGUAAUAUUAAAUUUAAAGAAUUUUUGAAAGAGGUUCGUUAUCAAUGAACAAAUUAAAAAUUUGUUAUAUCAAUGAAGUAAAUAUUUUAUUUGAAUAAUUAACUAUAGAUUACAGAUGCACUUAGAUUUGCAGUUGAUUUGCUCGCCCAGGCAAUUGUGGAAUAAAAAUUUAACUAGCUCUAUUUUGAAAUAGUGGUUGAAUUUCUCUGGCAACGGACUGCAGUGCAACACCUAUGAAAGACAAAGUUAUCUGCCCCUCUGGCCACUUUUACAUCAGCCAUAAGUAACCUUGAUUUCAUUCAAUCCAUUGAUUGGGGGCACUGAUUAUCUUAAGGUACAGUUUUUUUUAUAUCUCUUAACUAAAAGCAAGCUAUAAUUUAUUUCAAUCUACAUUUGUGCUUCAUUUUCCAAACCAAUUCCAAAUAACUGAUGAGUGGAAACAGUGAAAAGGUUUUCAGUAGUUCACACAAGGACUUGCCUUUCAUGGUUCUUGUACCUUGCGAAAAGCAGGCACUAUAAGCAGAGCUUGAGAGCCACAUAUCUGCAGUAAUGAGGUGAUUGCAGGCAACAACCAUGAGGAACACUGGAAUCAGAUCAUUGUUAUCUGCUUUUACCUUCCCUGGCCAGCACUUUAGGGAUGUGUUACCACUACACAAAAGUAGUAAUUAAGGUGUGAUCUGAUGAAACCAUGAUUCAAAUCUCACCAUGAUCACUGACAAAAUUUAAAUUCCUGCUUAAAAAUAUCUAAAUUAUUUGGAACUGUGACUAUGAAAUUAAGAUUAUUUAAAAUAAUCUUCAAUUAAUGAAUAAAAGUUAGUGCCCUGCCUCAACUCACCUGCUGAAAUGCUCUUGCAUUUUUUUUUAUUAACCUGUGGAUUUAAAUUACCGCAUUACAGAAAAGGCAGCCCAUCCAGAAGUGUAAGGUUAAAACUAUCCAAAAUUCUACUCCUUCCUGAACACUCAAUAGGCCCCAUCUACCCAUGAUCAAUGGCUCACAUUAAUUGCUUACAAAACUUCGCUUUUAAAAAUCCCGUGCUUUCUUCCUCUUAUCCACAGAUCCCAACCGGGGGUCACAGGCCCCUCAGUUAAUGGUAGGGUUCCAUGGCAUAAUAAACAGUUGAGGACCCCUGCAAAUCUCUUCCAACUCUUCAGGAUCCAAGAUCUUCCAUUUUUCUGGCUCCUUGAUCAUUCUGAUGCUAGGAUUGCCAAUGAUGGUGUAAUUAGAAUUGGAUUAAAUUCUAAUUUCCUACCUGAAACUUCCUCUACUUCUCAUUAUGAUAUUACUCAAAACCACUUGACCAAGCACUUGAUUAUGUAUGAUCAAAGUUAUGGUUUAAAUCAAGUUUUCUUUGAUAAUGUUUUUAUAUGUUCAGGGUACUUUGCAACAUUAAGUACAAGUUAUUAACUCAUGAUUUGGAAGCCAUAGUAUUUUUGAGCGGGGUCCCAUUAAAAAUAAUAACAGUGCCAAAUAACAGGCUUUGAUGUAGAAAUAUCUACUAUGCUAACAAAUCUUUGUGCAGCAAAUGAUGCCCGUUAAAAUUCCUUGUUACUGAAUUUAAAUGAGACUGCUCUGUAUGAUGUAUUGUUACAAUACUGUAUUCCUAAACAUAUUGAACUGUUCUUUGUUGACACUGAGGAAAUUUUAGACAUCUGGAUAAUUUCAGUCCUUUUGCUGGUUAAUAAUUUAGACAUAUCAGUUGUUACUGUGUCUGAAUGUAUUUUUUUUCCAGUUUAAAUCUAAAUCUAACAUGUAUCAAAUACAGAUCUGUUAAAUGUGCCCAUUCAGAUUUGGCCUUACUCCGUCAUUUAAAUCUGAAUUAGCAUGAAAAGUAAAACAUGCCUAAAUAUAUUGUAUACCUAAAAUGUUUCAUUAUCUGUUUGCACUUGAACUAUAAAGAAUGUUAUACAUAACUUGUAAAAAUAUCUUUCGGAAUGCUUUAGAAUUUGUGCCAUAAAGCUCUUGUGCAAAACAGUGUUGGGGCUUGUUUCUUUCAAAAUAGUGCACCAUAGCAAAUUAGUCAAAUUGUCUGUCUGGGUACCAUAUCCGAUGCGGACUUUGGUGGCCAUGGUUUUCCAUAUAGAUCUAUCCAUCGUCUCUUGGAUGACUUCCAUUUCCUCAAUGAGUAGCCACCUGGCUAUGCUUUUGAUGUACAUAAGCCGAGGUCUUCCUCUAGGUUUACUCCCCUCAAUCUUUCCAGAGUAUGAGUUUUUCUAGUUCAUCUUUCCGCAUGAUGUGUCCCAGGAAUCUGAGUUGUCUUUCUCUUAUUGUUGGUAUGAGUGAUCGAACUGCUUGGGCUCUUCUGAGAACUUCUUCAUUUGAUGUGUAUUUGGUCCAUGAUAUUUUUAACAUCUCCUGUAGAACCAUAAUUCAGCUGCUUCUAGUCUCUUUUCCAUUGCUGGCGAAAUGGUCCAGCAUUCACUUAGGAUAGAAUAAAUGUAGCACUGCAGUAUUCUAACUACUGGGUUUUAAAUAAAAACAAGACAAUUUUUCAUUAUACAUAUAUUUUCAUCACUACCUUGAUGACUCAAGGAUUGCAGAAGAGCCUGAUCCAAAUGCAAAUGUCUUGUCAAACUAGUACUAGAGCCAGAUCAUCUUUAGUACCUGAUUGGUGUAGAGAUUAUUACAGUUCAGAGCAUCAAAGUCCAAUUCCAAUGUUGCCUGUGGAAUGUGUGGGAUUUUCGCUGGGUGCUCUGGUUUCCUCCUAUGGUCCAAAGACAUACUGAUUAGUAAGUUAAUCCGUCAUUAUAAAUUGUCCCAUGU